AUGGCUUCGACGAGCUCAAAUUUUAAGUCCAAAUAUGCGGAAAAGGAACCGAAAGAUAAAUAUACCAUUUAUAGAGUAAAAGCGUAUACUCGUAAGUAUGCGGAGGACUCGAAACAGACUGGACUGAUUGUUUUUCUUACUAAAUUAGAUGAGAAUACUGUAUUCAGCGAUAGGGAUCGUUUAGCUCUUUCCAAGGGAAUAAGAGAACACGGGGUAUCUGGUGUCAUGCAUUUACGUACUAUUACUAAAUAUAAGGUCGGUGUAACAUUUGAUUUUCCUAACAAUGCAAAUAUGUUUUUGCAAAACAAAAAACUGCUUGAUCAGUUAUCUUUUAAAGCUUCAAUACCUGCUAAGGACACGGAGGUCACUGGAGUUCUCACCUCUGUUCCAAUAGAUAUGUCCAACAAACAAAUAUUCUCUUUGAUUGGUAGCUCUAAGAAUGUUAUACAAGUCAGGCGCUUCAUGCGACGUGACAGAAGUGAUAGUGGUAGUUUUUCGUUCAUACCUACACAGGCAGUUGCCGUCACAUUUGCUUCAACCAUCUUACCAGAGUAUGUUUAUUUAGAUUCUUGGCGUCAUAAAAUAAAAGAACUAUGGGUUGAAUUGUCACAGUUAAACAUAGUUGUUAGUUUUGUUUGGGUACCAUCGCAUAUUGGUGUAGUAGGCAAUGAAAAAGCAGAUUCUCUUGCCAAAAAAAUUGUUGAAAUGAAAAACUUAAUACCCUGUUCUGAUAUUGAUGUGUCUGUGCCCCACACAGACGCACUCAAGGCAAAAUUAGUUGGUACUUUUGGAAUAAGUAUUGCUUGUGAUCCACACGAAAUGACAUACCACCCACCUGAACCGAUAUCCACUGUCACGUCUGAAACAAUAACCCAGAAAUCUCCUCAGAUUGUCGAUUUCUAUCCAGCUGUCACGAGCCACAGAUCCCCGGAAAGAAAAAAUGACCUAAAAGAAAUUUUUGAGCGAGCACGAAUCUCUGCACAAGCUCUCAUUGAAAAACAUAAUAGAGAAAUAGCCGCAGGAGCAAACUACGCACAGCUAAAAACGUGUGCCGGCCAAAUGAUUGAGAACAAACGUUCCGGGAUGAAGAAGGCGAACUGUAAGCAGCCACAGAGCCAGGCUAAGCCACGACAAACCAUGAAUAGGUAA